AUGGAGCGGUUCAAAGCGUCCGGCUUUGCCUACCUGGGCCGCGUGCGGCUCGCCGAGGCGCCGGCGCGGCCGCGCAAGGAGGCAGCUUUUGUCAGCCGCGCCGGCCCGCCCCAGGCGGCGCAGCGGGCCAACGGGACGGGCGAGGGCCGCGCCGCCGUGUCGCCCGGUUGGUCGACGACGAGCGACAAGCACGUGCUGCGCUACACCCCCUCUGGGGACGUGUACUACUCGCGGCUGCCGGCGGCGGCCUACAAAGACCCGCUCCGCCUGCCCCCGACACUCCCGCCAGCGACGUCCCCCUACGCCCCGUCCUCCCCCUACGCGCCCGCCGCUGCCGGCCCCCUCCCCGGCGCAGCCGCCUUCGCGACAGACGCGCCCGGCGCGAUGGAGGCUUGGCCGCCGGCCGCCGCAGGCACGUGGGCAGCGCGGGGCCUGAGGAUGAUCAUCGGCGCAGACGAGCGCGCGCCGUGCGGCCAGCCGCCCAAGUUCCCCCUGACGGCGGUCGGCGAGCUCGAGUUUGUGACGCAGGGCCAGGACUACAUCUGCUCCGGCGCCCUCGUGCGCCGCGACCGUGUGCUCACCGCCGCGCACUGCGUCUGGUCAAUCGCCGAGCGCACGUUUGUCAAGGGCGUCGCGUUCUCCGCUGGCCGCUUCCGCACCGACGGCGGCGCCGUCGUCUCGCCGUUCGGGUCGCAGCGCUGGCGGCACGUCACGCUCAUAUCCGACCUGCCGAGCGUGAGCGUCGCGGGGUCUGACCUGGCGCUGAUCGAGCUUGAUGCCGAGGUCAGCCACGAGGCCGGCACCCUGGGCGUCGACGCGAGCUGCGGGCCGCGCGAGGCGCGCGGGCUGACGGUCGCGACGGCGGGGUAUGCGUCGGACAAGUACAACGGGCAGUGCGUGACGGACAGCUGCCGCGUGGCGUGGGCCUGCGGUGCGGACGCGACGUCGCACACGUGUGACACGUACAUGGGCCAGAGCGGCAGCCCUUUCUGGGACGAGCACAACAUGGUGCGCGGCGUGCACGUGCGUGGAAUGCCAACGGUCAAUGAAUUUUCAAACGUCAACGCCCAGACCCUCCGCGCCAUCCUCCUCAAGUGA